CUCUUUUUUCAAUAUUUCCCUAAUUUUUCAUUUUUUACGCAAGUUAAAAUGACUUUUAAGUUUGAACUAGAACAAUGGCAAGCGGCGUGUGUAGCCUUUGAUAAUAAUGACUAUGAUACGUCAGUCAAAACUUUCAUUGGUAUAGCAGAUAACGCAAAAAUGCAUUUCAAUAUUGGCUUGAUCUUUGCCACAGUAGAAGAUCAUGAUCAUGCGCUGGGAGCAUACACAAAAGCAAUUUCGAUGGAUCCUUAUUUCGCUGUUGCUUAUUUUCAAAGAGGUGUUUCCCAGUUUAUAAAAAACAACAUGGAAGCUGCAAAAGAUGAUUUCGAUCAGGCCUACCAGAAAUUACGUGGAAACCAAAUAAUUAAUUAUCAGCAAUUAGGUCUAAGUUUUAGGCUUUAUUCUUGUGAAGUACUAUUUAACAGGGGAAUUUGCCAAUUGUAUCUAGGAAAAAUGGAUGCCGGUCUGACCGAUUUAUACCAUGCUCAAAAAGCAAGAAUGACAGAGGAACACGACGUGAUUGAUUUGGCUGUAAAAGACAGAGGAAAAGGGUAUUCAGUGUUUUCUAUUCCUCCGCUUGUUCUUUUCAGACCUCCAGAAAAUAGAUUGAAACAAUUGAAAGGACUAGACAUGUUUGCUGUUGUUGAUCAACUACAAAUUAAGAAGCCUCAGACCCCAACCUAUAUCAAGCGAAAUAAUUCGAUCUUAUUGAGCGAAAAAGUGAUGGUAAAGAAGCAAAAUCAACAAUCUCCGUUGAGAACAUCAUCACCAAGACAGCCACCACAACAGCAGCAAGUUGAUAGUGGAUUCGAAUCUACGUUGGAAGAUAGAUACUCAUCAUCUUCUUCUCUUGCACCACCUGUACCACCUAUACCAAAACAACACAACGAAGAGGAGUAUUAUGGAGAUUUCGAUCAAGAAUUAGAUGAAGUUUAUGGAUCAUUACAUGAUUUAUCCGUUCAAGAUAAGGAGAGGGAUAUUAUUAGACACCGUUUAGCUAGUGGGGGUAAUAAGGAAGACUUGCGUAUUCAGACAUCUACUUCUACAUCUACUAUUGGAUCCAACAACAGUGGCCAUAGCGGAAAAAUCAAAAUCAAAAUACAUUAUGUUGAUACCAGAAUCCUUAUGGUUCCCAAUGCUAUAUCCUUUGACGAAUUAAAGUUUAGAGUUAGAGACAAGUUUGGCGCACCGCCCUCGAUUAGAUUACAAUACAAAGACGAGGAUAACGAAAUGGUUCUAAUGAUUGACGACGACGAUUUAUUUAUGGCAAGACAAGUGAACAGAUCCAGUAGUGAUGUGGAGAAAAUGGAAAUUUGGUGCGUCGAUUCAUAAUGAUUUCUUGUGUUUACCGUUAAAUCAUUUACCCAGUGCGUGAUUUACGUGCUUCUAGUCUAGUUUCGUUUUUUGUUAUUUUGUAUUCUAUUUUAUUUAUUUUUAUUAUAAACAAACCUUAU